GCUCUCAUCCCCCCCAUCGUACAGAGCAUCACUAUCUCAGAGACUUCUACUCUCAGCCCUCUGUCCUGGUUGAUGAGCGAAUAUUUGGAGAACACUGAAUCCUCCAAGAGAUGCAAGAGCUCAGCCUCCAUCUUCAACUCCCGUGUGCGGCGUCUCACUCAUUUGCUUGUCCAUGUGGACACCAGCACAGUUGAUACGGAAGAGCUCAAACCUCCCAUCAAAUCCAAAGGUAUCAACAGAAGCAGAGAUUUGAAGAAUGGUAAAGAGGGAAAGAAUAAGGAAACGACAGCAGUGAGCUCAUCUUCAUCCUCUAGCAAACCAAAAGUGAAGAAUACUAGCAGCAUUGCAGGCAUCGCUUUGUGCUGGCAAGGUGUCGUUCAGCGACAGGUAAAGAGUUUCCUAGAUUCGACAUGCAGCCUCCCUGACUUCGUAGAGCUUUACAGGGGUCUGUUCCUCCGGCUAAAGAAUGCCAUGGAGGAACUUUUUGGCCAGCACACUGCCUUUGUGCUUGCGCUCCGUCAGGGCUUUUCUGCCGCCUUGCUCCAGCUCUCCAUCCUGACCGCUAUGCAUGUGAGUGAACGUUUUGCGCAGUACAUAGACAAGAUGAUCCAGGAAAGUGGAGUGGACUCUGGAAAUGUGGACACGUUAAACCAGCUCCAGCAGUUCCUGGAGCCCAUGCUGUUUCUCUCCGGUCUGGAGCUGGCCAACACCUUUGAGCACUUUUACAGGUACUAUAUGGGGGAUCGGCUAUUGGGUCAGGGGAAGGUGUGGUUGGAGAGUGCUGUGGUGGAGCAGAUCGGUACCUGCUUCCCAAACCGGUUUCCCCAGCAGAUGCUGACCAACCUCAGUGAAUCUGAGGAGCUUCAACAGGAGUUUCAUCUUUACCGUCUACAGCAGCUGGACAAAAAUCUGGAGAACUUUGAGGAGAUGAUGGAUGAGGACGUGUCUGAACCCGAGGGAGAGAGUGACGUGAAAGUGUUGGUGUUGUCCCCACGCUGCUGGGUUGUGUCGGCUCCCUGCUACCUCGAGGACCCCAGCAAACACUUCCCUGCUCAACUCUGCAAUUACCUGGCCGAAUUCACAGACUUUUAUGCCAAUGGUCAGCGCAUGUAUGGUUUGACCCACAGUAAGCCUCGGCGGCUGCAGUGGACGUGGCUCGGCCACGCAGAGCUUCAGUAUGGCUCCUGUACUCUCUGCGUCUCCACACUGCAGAUGUACAUCCUGCUACAGUUCAACAAACAUGAGGAUGUGAAUGUGGAGAUGCUGCAGCAGGCCACAGGUCUCUCUCCAGCCAUGCUGAGCCAUGCCCUCAAGCCUCUCACUGCAGAGAAGGGGAUUCUCACUCACACCAGCUCCAGCCAGGACCCCAUGAGAGGGGUCCUGAGACUGAACAAGAAGACCCUCUCGCAGAGCUCAGACAGACACGGUUACCAUUUCCUGCUUCCCAAGCAGACCUACCUGAAUGUGGAUGAAGAUGCUGCGCUCACACUUGAGAGGAAGAGGAACUAUAUCUACUGUCUCGUUGUACAGAUCAUGAAGAAUGAGAAGGAGAUGCAUAUUGACAAUUUAGUGUUCAUGGUGUUGGACCGGUGUCAGAAGCAGGAGUCGAGUCGGACUCGCGCCUCGGUCCGCUUCAGCUGCAGCACUACAGACGUGCUGUCCUGCAUCAUGCACGUCAUCAACAAAGGCUACCUCCGCCGCAACGAGGAAAGCCCACACAUCGUGGAGUUCUUGAUGGAGGACCCGUCCACACCCCAAAAGGGCCAGGCGCAGUUCUCCUUUAAGAUGGACGUGAAAAAAAGCUCCGCAAGCAGCAGCGGCGGCAGCAAAGCCGACACCAGCCUGGGAGGCCUAAUAGUUCCCCUGCAGCAUCCGGAGGACGGCGUGCUGGAGGCCGUGCUGUUCUCCAUGGGUCGCACAAUGACUCAGGAGGAGGUCAAGCAGCUGAUGCAGCGCACCGUCCAGCAGGUGGCGGGAACCCUGAGCCUGGAUCUGGACCGGGCCGAGCACCUGCUCAUGCACUGCAAAUGGAAUGUGGACUUGUUGAUCCAGCGGUACACAGACGACCCAGACGCCUUGGUCCUGGCUGCCGGCCUCAAGAUCCGCAACCCCCAGCCGGCCCCAGGCCCCGUGGCCCAGUGUCCAGUGUGCCUUUCCCAGUCCAAAGAGAGUGACCCCCCUCCCAUGCUCUGCUGCAUGCACUACUGCUGCAGGUCCUGCUGGCAGGAAUACCUCACUGCUCGUAUCGAACAGAAUCUGGUGAUGAACUGCGACUGUCCGAUCACAGACUGUCGGGCUCAGCCCACCUCCAAGUUCUUUCACAACAUCCUCACCGAUAAGGACACAAUUGCCAAAUAUGACAGCGCCCUUCUGCGAGGCUUCGUGGAGUGCUGCUCCAACCUGACCUGGUGUACCAACCCUCAGGGCUGCGACCAGAUCCUGUGCAAGGAGAACAUCGGUAGCGUGGGCACCUGCUCCAAGUGCUGCUGGUCUUCCUGUUUCAGCUGUAACUUCCCAGAGGCGCAUUACCCAGCCAGCUGCAGUCACAUGUCUCAGUGGAUGGAUGAUGGAGGCUACUAUGAGGGAAUGAGUAUGGAAGCACAGAGUAAACAUCUGGCCAAACUUAUAUCCAAACGAUGCCCCAGCUGCCAGGCCCAGAUUGAGAAGAAUGAGGGUUGCCUACACAUGACGUGUGCCAAAUGUAAUCAUGGAUUUUGCUGGAGAUGUCUGAAGCCAUGGAAGCCAACGCAUAAAGAUUAUUACAACUGCUCAGCCAUGGUAAGUGUCUUCAGAAGAUGUGGGGGCUUCUGUGAGUGAUGAAUCACUCUCGAAAGUCUUGGGAUUUUGAUGCCAGAGAUAACGAAGCCAAGAGUCCCUGCAGUACAGUUUUAAUUAUGUUUCACAUGCCAUUAUUGUUUAUUAACUUUUACCUUUUUUGGCUGUGACACCAAUCUGUUGACAAAAGGCCUCAAUUUAUAUGAAGUAGAUCAGGGGUGGUCUCAUAUUUUGUCUGUCAAAAUACAAGGUGAACGCUUCACCAUAUAUUUUUGUAAUGGCCGCACAUUCCGUUCUUCUGGAGGCCUCUGUACACACAGGCAAAUACAUACUUAUAAUAGUAGAAUAACUUGAUACAUAAAUGGCUAUAUUCAAAGUGAUAAUGCUUGAUUGAUUCAUAUUUGGUUAAUACAAAUUUUCUACAAAGACCGAUUGCAAUAUGAUCCUGUUUCCAACCCUUUUAUUCACUGAAUGAACACAAGGAAGAAUUUUUUUUUUUUAUAUAUUCACUAGCACAAAUGCAUAGUAAUAAACAGCCAUAUUUACCCAUGUUAUUUACAAGUAAUACACAAAAAGGGCCACACAAGACUUCCAAAAACAUUCAGAUUUCUGAAAGACAGUUUUGUGCCAACAAUUUUUCUGCCUACAUUUAAAAUUGGAGACACUGAUUUUUAGUAAUUGCAUAUUUACGAGUCCAGCCCUGAAAGUCCUGU